AUGGGCAAGAAGGAAAAGGCGGAACUCGCAGCUCGUCGCAAGGCAUACCAGGAUAAGUUUGGAUUUCAGGCAACACCAGUAGAGCUUCCUCCUGGCUUGACUCUUCCACCGGGAUUUGUAAAUUUGGGAAAUAGUUGUUUUUUGAAUUCGACGCUGCAGUCGCUGACAGCGACACCACUACUCCAAUCAUUGAUUACGUUUAACCCCCCACCUGACUUGGAGCAUGAAUCACACCUGUACCCGUCUCGCAGUCCAGCACUGACCAAUGCCCGUGGUCCGCCCGGAGUGAAGAGAGAAUGGGAACGAGGCAUGCCCAUUUCCGAUGCAUUUCUCAAGUUCGAAGACGAAGCUUUGUAUGCCAGGCAGAUUGGCAAGACGACGCUUACUCCCAGGGAGUUGCUUGGUCAGAUUGGUGCCAAGUAUGAACAGUAUCUUGGUUACAGACAACAAGAUGCACAUGAGUUGCUCAGGCAUUUACUCGACGGAAUGAGGAUGGAGGAGCUUGAUAUGAUUAAGAAACGAAAUCUCCCACCAUCCUCAACAACUAAACGACACAGUCAGAGUACGUCUAAAUUUAUUCGCUUCGGCGUUCUCAUGUCAAACCGCCUACUUUUAGUAUCAGCCAACGAUGUGCCGACCUCCAUCAACGGGACAAACGGGCAAUCUUCCACCUCGAUCGACUCUGACCCUCCUAUCCCCUUUGCGGACAUGGUAUUCGGUGGGACGCUGGCGUCCAUCCUUAUAUCCCAUACAUAUGAAGAUUUCAUGGAUCUCUCGCUCAGUAUCAAGCCGGACGAUGUUAAAGAGAAAAAGCGCGACAAAUUCAAGUUUCUCUACAAACUUCGAAAAGCGACUGCUCCUACCCCACCAAGAACUCCGCCCCCCACCAUGCCGGUUUCACAAACUAGCCUGGCGCCAAGUGUGCCGUUCCCCUCUGCCGAAAACGAAGAAUCGGCCUCGACGCUUGCUCUAGUCCCGGCUGAAGGCGCGGCAGCACACCCACAAGCCCGUUUGUCUACUGUUCAGAUAUCAACUGAAGACGGGCAUGACCGGGACGAAUCGAGUUCGGUGGGAGCGAGAAUUGGGAGGAGAGUCUCGUUGCAGGGAUGGAAACGAAAGGACAAGGAUAAGGAUAAGGAUAAGAGUAAAGAGCGGGGACGAGAGAAAAGUAAAGAGCGAGGGAAGGAAAAGGAUAAAGACAAGGACAAGGACAAAGAGGUAUUGGAAGAACGGGUGUCUACGAGGCCUGGUUCGCCAGAACGCAAGCCUAGUCAUGUUAAUGGUAUAUCCCGUUCGGUUUCGCCUACUCGAAAGAACGAGGCUGCGUAUUUGAGGAGAGUCUUGGCUGAUACGAAUGUCACCGGUCCGACGAAUCCGUUGGCCCUGUUGAAAGGCACUGUAGAUGGGCUAGGAAUGUCAAGAGACCCAUUCACACGCCCUCCGCCUGACGACGUCUGGCUCAAACUCUCUUCUGGCCGAGGUUCAAUCACAGAUGCCCUUCGAAGCUUCACAGCCGUUGAGAUCCUCGAAGGUGACAACUCGUUUGCGUGUCGGCGAUGCUGGAAGAUCGCACACGGCGUCCCGUUGGCCAAGAAAUCAAGAUCAAGAUCAAGAACAGGAAGCGCAAGCGAUUCUGCAUACGCCUCGUCUGAUUCAAGCUCCGACUCGGAUUCAUCGAGUGAAGAUCAGGAAGAGUUGGAGAGACCCAGACCGAGCGUGGUGGUUCCCCUUAGACCAGCAUCGACAAGUGGAUUGGGUGCCGGUCCCGAACAAUGGGCACGAGAUACGGUAUUGCCCCGUCCAAAUUCAGCACCAAUGACAGACGGACCUACUCACCUUACCGGACCGAUCCCCGUAAUAGAGAUGACUUCCCCGGACGCUGAAAGGGCGAAACCUUUCCCGGACAUUGAUACCCCACCGCCGCCACGUCCUCCCCACCUUUCCUUUGUCCGCGGUGAAUCAGCAACGAGCGUGAAUUCAUCGACGGAAGGACCAGCGAUUAUCGCCCCCGUCCCUCGCACACCCAUCAGCCUCGCACAGCUCCCCGCGAUACCGAGGUCCCAGCAGUACAUCCACCGCCGAGCUCUCAAACGAUACCUGAUCGCUACUCCACCACCCGUACUUGUCAUCCACCUCAAGCGGUUCCACCAAGUCGCAGGAGCGGGGUCCUUGCUCUUUGGAUCUCUCCGAAAACUGGACGACUUUGUUGCGUUUCCGGAAGUGUUGGAUAUCGCGCCCUUUGUGGCGCCUAAUCGGGAAGAGUACGGACUCAAGGGUCGUAGCAAAAGGGUUGGAUGGUUUGGGCACAAGAAGGAUAAGGAGGUGCCGGUAAAGUAUAGGUUGUAUGCUGUGGUUGUGCAUAUCGGGUCCAUGAUCGGCGGGCAUUAUAUCGCGUAUAUCGCUCUCCCGCCCCAGCCGGUCGUUACUCCUGAAACCGAGGAUGCGCCAAGUAAUGUGGAGGAGCUCACGAGUGAAGCCAAGGACAAGGAUGCGGCUGGCAAAGAGAGCAAGACAACCAAAGCCGAAGACAAGUACAAGCGACCGUGGGUGUACAUUAGCGAUACGACCGUACGUCCCGUAUCGUUUGAAGAAGUGUCCAAAGCCAAGGCAUACCUGUGCUUCUACGAGCGGUUCUAUGACUAA